AUGGCGCAACCGCUGAAGAGGGCCAAGCUGAACAGCGAGCAAGCACAGAACAUCUACGCCCAAAGUGAAAACAACAUGAGUGUUCACAACAUCUCGAUGAAUGCAACCCUGUGUUCUUCCCUUAACCUAGAUAACCUCUACAAACACUUUGCCAACUGUAUUUACAACCCUCGAGAAUUCAAGUGCAUGCGAAUUGACGUGCCUGUGAGUACUCGUAGUAUAGAAAAGUAUGUCCGGUUUGUGAAUGAAAAGGGGGAGAGACAGAGGAGGAGUGAAGGAGUUGUUGUGUCAUCUGAUGGAACGAAUGUAGUUAUACCUCCACCAUGGGUUGCAACAACAUCCCAGGUUGUUGAAGCUCAAAAAGGAGAUGUCACCAUUACCCAGGGGAAUGACGGUACCCCCGAAGAGCAGAAAGGCACCAAGGAAAAAAUUAUUAUCAACGUGUCCAUUUUUGCCAAUGGAAAAAUUAUCUGUACAGGAAAUAAUUCUAUCGAGGCAUGUAAAAUAGCUAUGAAGAAAAUUGAAAAGAAGUUGAAGCAGCUGAACUUUAAAAAUAUAUGCAUAAAAAAUGUGACCAUCACAAACAUACUGGCUGUCUACAACGUGGGCUUUUCCAUCGUUCUCCCCCUGUUUGCGCAGUACUACAAAAGUGUCGACUAUGAUCCCAAUGUGUUUCCGGCAUGUAAGGUGAAAAUCGCCCUCACGAGUGAGAACGAAAGGGAUACCUCCGAGGCAACCGAGCAAGCCGAAGGGAACCUCGCCUGGAGCACCGCCCGAGGCACUGCGGAAAGGGCCCGCAGCAAGGUGGACGUCGUCUCGGCCAGUAUAUUUUCCACGGGCAACAUAACCCUCACGGGGGGCAAGAGCUACCAGAAUCUCCAGAGGUGCAUCGACAUUCUGUAUCCCUACCUGAUUAAAAGUAAAUCACAACACUGA